AUGAGUAACAAACCAAAUAAACAACAGACUCCAGUUACAUCGACAAAGACAACGACACCAACACCUCCAACUACACAAACACAAAUACCAGCAACACAACCAUCACAAUAUGUUGAGUUCCUAAGGAAUCAACUCAAUAAGAAGAAGGAACAACGUACCUCAUCGACAUCAUCAUCAUCAUCAACAGCAGCUACAUCAUCAACAGCGGCUACAUCAGCGAGCAAAGACAACAACAACAAUGAGAGCAAUGGCAGUCGCACACAUAUAGUGCCACCAACAACAACAGCACAGACAACACAGACAACGUCAACAUCAUCACCAUCGCCAGCGACUAUAAACAUAUCAUUGCCAACUAAACAAAAGUCCUCAUCAUCUUUACACUCCCCAUCAACAACACAGCGAUCAUCGUCUUCAAUAUCAGGGUCAUCAAGUCAGAAAGAGAACAGCAGUAGUACUAGCAAUAGCAAUGGCACUGGCACUGGCACUGGAUCAUCAUCACAGUCAUCACAAUCAUCACAGUCGUCUCAACAACAUAGGUCAUCUAGUGUGUUAUCGAAUAGUGCAGCGGAUGUGAUUGUGAUCAUUGAUGACAUGGAGUCACCUCCUGUAUCGCCACGACCUUCAUCAAAGAGUAAAUCAACAACAUCUACAUCUACAUCGAAUACAUCCACUUCAAAGACGACUCCAGCUCCAACAACAACAACAACAACAACAACAACGACGGCAAAAUCAAAGGAUACAGCAGCUGCUCCAACAACCAACACAGCACCAAAGUCGACCGAUACCAACAACAACAACAACAUUGCUAAAGAUAAGAGCCCACUUACAUCAUCUCAAGAGAGGCCCAAGCUUCUUAUUCCAAUAGCAGAUCUCAAGUCCUCCUCUGAGGACAUGCCAACACCCGCCUCUUUGUCCAAGACAAUGAGCAGCCUUGCAUCAAUCCCAAGACCAUCCUUCUCAUUUGGUCAGUCAUCUCUGCUCAUACCCAAGGAGAAGCCCAAAGAGAAGCCAAGGGAGAAGGAGAAAGAGAAAGAGAAGGAGAAGGAAGAUGUGCCAAUGUUGGAGGAAGAUGAUGAUGAUGAUGAGCCACCAAAGAAGACAGCAAGCAAGCCAGCACCAGCACUAGCACCAGCUCCAAAGGGACAACAAGAUAUACAACAGCAGCAGGUGCCCAAGACACCAACGACAAACAAUGCAACUCCUAUUACGACGCCAAUAUCAACACCUGUUGCUGUUAGUUCAGUCAACAAUGUACAUGAUCUACUUCAGAAGUUGGGCUUGUUGCAGUAUGAGUCUGUGCUGGCCGACGAGUGCAUUGAGUACGAAGACCUGGCCGACCUCACCGACGAACAGAUGAAGUCCAUGGGCUUCAAGAUAGGUCACAUCAACAAGAUCAGAAAGCAACUCGGUAUCACCUACACAUCAUUAUUAUCAUCCAACAUCAAAGAACUACUUCAAUCGAAUCUGAAGGAGUCUAUUUACUCUGCAAUUGUUGAUAUGCCUGGGCUUCAAUCAUUGUUCAACACACCAAACAAGUCUGUCUCUGAGGACAAUCUGGCAUCUCCAACGACAACGACAACAUCGACAUCAACAACAACGACACCAUCAUCAAAGCCAACAUUGUCAAUGGGCGAUCUGAGGGAUUCUCUCCCAUCAUCAUCAUCAACGACAUCAACAUCAACUACAUCAACAACACCAUCAUCGUCAGCAACAACUACUAUAGCGGAUCAGACAGGUCCUCAGCGACCUUCUACGGUGGAGGUUAUGGAUAUAGAGUCACCAAAGAAACAUACAGUCGACAAGUCAGCUAAAGGUGGUGUGGAUGUGGCUCACAGCGAAGAUCUUCGUCAUCAAGAUGUGGCCGACGACAGAGAUGAUUACAACCCAAUGGAUGCAGGCGGAUAUCCAGAGUCAGAUGUACAGAGUGUAGAUGGCGGCGAUGUUGACUCAAGCGACAUGGAGGUGGAUAAGGCAAAGAACGACAGUGCACAACCUCAAGAGAAGGAGAAGGAGAGGGUUAAGGAGAAAGAGAAAGAGAAGGAGAAGGACAAACCGACAGAGGAGACAAGUGCAAAGGUCACCGAGAAGGACAAUGUUGAUCAUAGCGAGACAAAGACAAAGACAAAGAAGAAGACGACAGAGAAGAAGACAAAGUCCAAGGAUGGUGAAGAGCCUGAGGAAGAUGAAGAGGAGGAUGAAGACAAGCAGAGGGAAGAUGAGGUGGACGAAGCCGAGGAUGAAGAGGAGGCGGAUGAGGAAGACGACUCUGGCAUUGAUAUGAUGUCCGAUGGAGAGAAGAAGCCCAAGACAAAGAAGAAGACAGCCGCGACAAAGCCAUCGGGCACAUCAAAUGAACAAGAGGAACAAGAGGAGAAGGAACCAACGACAAAGAAGACAAAGAAGACAAGGAGGACAAUGAAGAAGACAAAGACCAAUGAUGACGGCGAGGCAUCUGACGAGGAGGAGGAGGAGGAUUCAGAUAGUGACUUUGGCGUGUGGGAUGAGGAGUACAGGAAAAGAAUAGAGGGCAUGCGAGGUGGUCCGAGCAUAUCUGGACAGCUCUCCGGUGAUGCCGCUGCAUCGGUGAUUGGCCCUGGAUUCAUAUCUGGCUCAACAUCAUCAACAACGCCACUUCCCUCUGCCACAUCAGGAGGUGGCAACAAGAUGGGCCUCGAGGCAACAGAGGAGUUUUUGUUGGAGAAGUACAAUGAGUGGAAGGAAGGAAACAACAGACUCAAGAUCAUCGCGCCUCACUACUGGGACAAGUAUCGAUCACGCAUUCACAUGAUAGAGAGGGAGCUCAAUGAGGCACGACACAUCAAGCUCAAUUGUUUCAAUCGACUGUGGAAUGAUGGCUUCAGGAAAGAGGACUUCAAGCUGAUCGAGCACCAGUUCCACGACUAUUGGGAGAAGGAGUGGUUGAGGGAUCUGCUCAAGCGCGACACUCGUCCACACUUUGACGAUGUCAUCAUGCCUGAUGAGUCCUCUGAUGCGCAGGAUGCCAGUGGCGAUGCCGAGGCCAAGGCGGCCAGGCGUGCACAGAGGAAGAGCAAAAAGACAGACGGCGACAACAACGACAACGACAUCAAUCACGAAGAUGACAGCAUGAGUGAGAACGAGGAGUGGGACGAUGACAAUGACAUCCUAUCAAAGGCCACUGCAAAGAGGUCACCGACACGUGCCACUCCAGCUGUUGCACACUCCCCUGCCGCGACCACUGACGCAGCCACUACCACCACUGCUACAUCACCUGCCUCCACGACGACUACGACAGCGGCAACAGCAACGGCAACGACCAAAUCUCCAACUCUGCGAUCACCCCCUCCUCCCAAGGCAAGCUCACUCAAGCCAGACUCUCUGGUGGACUACGACAUGUGGGACAUGCCCAACAAGAAGAGGAAGGCUGGAAGUGAGAAUGCACCCAAGGCUGAUGGUACUACAGACUCUCUUGAGAGUCCAAACUCACUCAGAAGAUUGAAGAAGAGAGCAACCGACAAUACUACAACAAAAGGUGAUGAGAGUGACGACAUCUUUGGAGACGACGAGAUUGAACUUGGCAAGGAGGCAAAGAGCUCCACCACCAGCACCACCAGCACCACCAGCACCUCAACAAACAACAAGAUGAGGAAGAAGAAGAAGAAGAAGCAAGUAGACUCAAACAGCAGCGAUAGUGAGGGCGAGGAUACGUUCUCCAAACCAAAGAAGAAGGCUGCUGCCAGCCAGUACUUUGAGGAGACAUUGAGCGACAUUGAGUUGGACAGCGACAGCAGUGAUGAUGGCGCAAUGAACAACGGCUCACAGCUCACACCGUCAGACUACAGCACAUCGGCAGAGUCUGGAAGCAGCGACAGCGAGAGUGGCAGUGGCAACAGUGACAGCGAGAGCGACGACUAUUCGGGCACAGACGACUCGUCGUCGGCGUCAUCAUCGUCCUCGACCGAUGAGGAGGACAACGCGGAGGACGCCGCUGCCAAGCUCAAGCUGAAGCCCAGGCCCAUGUACGCCAAGCAGCCCGCCAUCAAGAAGUAUCCCGUCAAGAGGCAGACCAAGAUGAUCGAUCUCAAGGAGGUCAAGGGCAUCAACGACGUCAACGAGACUACGCUCAGGAUGAGAAGGCGCGAGGAGAAGGUGUCGCACGAGAUCCAAGAGAUGCGUGAGAAGAACCGCGGCAAGAUGGACAAGGAGUACAUGGUCAUCUUCCCCGGCCAGGACGAGUCGUCCAACAUCCUGCUGCAUCAGGACAUUGCACUGUUGAUGAAGCCGCAUCAGAUCAGCGGUGUGCGCUUCCUCUGGGACAACGUGGUGAUCAAGAACAUGGGCUGCAUCCUGGCGCACUCGAUGGGACUGGGCAAGUCGCUGCAGACCAUCGCCUUCAUCCAUACGCACUCGCACUACCACAAGCACACCAAGUAUCUUCUGAUCGUGCCAGCCAACACCCUGUACAACUGGGUGAACGAGUUCCGCAAGUGGGUGCCGCCCGAGUCGCGCAUCAACCUGUACUACCCGCGAGAACAUCACAUGGUCACGCGCGACAUUGCCAAGUGGAAGGAGACUGGCGGCGUCUUCCUGUCCACCUACCAGUACUUCCUCAGUUUCUACCAGCAGGACGAGGAGAAGGGCUUCAUCGCCAAGCGAAGCCAGGAGACCAUCGAGCUGUUCAGCACGGACGUCGUGAUCAUUGACGAGGGCCACAAGAUCAAGCAAUCCAAGUCCAAGACCAACAACUUCCUCAGCAAGGUCACCACGCGCAAGCGUAUCAUCCUCACUGGCUAUCCAUUGCAGAACAACCUGAAGGAGUACUACACUAUGAUCAACUAUGUGCGUCCACUGCAUCUUGGUAGCGAGAAGGAGUUUGAAGAGCGAUUCAUUCGACCGAUUGAGGCUGGUGCCAAGGCUGAGUCCUCUGAACAAGCUUUCCACCUCAUGAGACAAAGGUUAUUCGCACUUCAAAGUUUGAUCAAGGACUUUGUCCAGCGUCUUGGUCCAGACAUCUUGGAGAAGGAGUUGCCCAAGAAGAUUGAGACAAUCAUCAAUGUCAAGGGCACCACAGUUCAGUACAACUUGUUGAAGAUACUUAGGGGCAUGCACAAGAACAUCAUUGAAGAGUUUGAGAUUGCUACACAGAUUUGUAAUCAUCCCGAUACACUUCUCGAGAAGAAGCCAUUGGAGAUCAAGAAGAUCACGGAGAAGUCAAAGAUCUCAGACUUGAAGAAGAUCCUCUCGGAGAACAUGCUGCCAUGGCAGGACUGCUGCGAGAAGGAGGAGCUGGUUAAGCGCAUCAUCGACCUGCACGAGAAGCUGGUGCUGUCAGAUAACAAUCAUUUCCCGCACGAGCUCGAUCGCUACAACUACCGCAAGGGUAUCGUUGAGAACUCCACCAAGAUGGCCGUCUUCUUUGACUUGGUCGAGGAGUUUGUCAAGGCCAACGAGCGCAUCGUCGCCUUCUCCUCGUCGAUCCCCACGCUCAACCUCAUGGAGUACUUCUUGCAGAAGCGCGAGUGGACCAAGAACUAUGACUACUAUCGUCUGGACGGCUCGACGCCGCCUCAGGACCGCCAGAAGCUGAGCGAGCGCUUCAACGACCCGACGUCUGAGUGCAAGUUGUUCCUCAUCUCCACCAAGGCCGGCAGUCUGGGCAUGAACCUGACUGGUGGCACGCGAGUCAUCAUGUUUGACAUGCUCUGGAACCCCGUACACGAGCGCCAGGCCGUCUUCCGUUGCUUCCGUAUCGGUCAGAACAAACCGGUCUACAUCUACACCCUGGUGACGGCGGGCUCGAUGGAGGAGAUGGUCUACAGCAGGACAGUGUUCAAACAGAAGCUGGCCAAGCGUGCCAUCGAUCAGCAGACGCCCAAGCGACACAUGCAGCAGGAGACCGCCCUGCCCGACGGAUCGAUCCCACCGCCAAACAAGGAAAACAUCGACCACGCCCUCGCCACCACCAACGACGAGGUGCUCAAGAGAGUGUUGACGCGCAACUAUGACAACCUCAUCAACGUCAGCGACUAUGUCAAACUGUUUGAACACGACUCUAUAGGAAACCUCACCGAAGAGGAAGGAAAGGACGCCAUCAGCAGUCUGCAUCGCGAGAUGGAGCAAUCCAAGAUGGCGCCACAGCGCGAGACUGCAGCCGAGCGUGGUCGUCGCUUCAUCAACUUUGGCGCAUCACUUACCAAGCCAACGCCAAUGUAA